CUUGUGGGAUCGAGACUGGACUUCCUUGACGAGCGACGGUGGCGCAUUGGAAGAAGCGUGGUUUACUGCACCAAAGCUCGUAAAGGCGACAUUUUCAGGGACCUCCGAGAGCAAUGUGACUCCAUUAAUGGGGAAGCAGUUGCAGAGCUAAAAAUUAGAAGUUUGAAUUCACUAAACAAGGAUCAAUCCAACAACUUCGUAGAAAAGCUGAGAACUGAAUGAAACCUCGGAAGCAGUUCCAAUUCGGACCUCAACCAAGAAAAAGAUCGAGAACACUCGCAGAAAAUAACAAGACAGGAAUCGAAGAGGAGAUGAGGAAUUAACCGGCACCAAGUGGUUUGUAUAUAGCCAACACGAAGGUAUCGAUUACAUCAACAAAAGAUCAAGUUAUUGUUUAAAGAGCGAUGAUCCUGAUUCAAACAGAGGCCACGGAAAGAUGCCAAAACUUUAGACUUGAAGCACGGUUUUGCUUGUUUUUUCCUACAAAUGGAGGCAAGAACAGUUGGCGGGCGCGUCGAGAAGUCAUCGUCACUGCACUGCUUGCUCUCUUCUUUCCAUGGGAGACACAGCACCAUGGAGUUUACUGCCCCUCCUCUUCCUAUUUAUCUCACCACAUCCGUAAUUUCAUUAACAAGACACAGACAUGAUCGCAGGUGAUUCCAUCUUCUUCUUCUUCCUUCUCAUUGCUUCCUCCGCCAUGGCUUCCGGUGGCUGUGUGCAUCCAGCAAGAGCUGGAUACUUGUCUUCUUUAUCUGUUUUCUCUGCUGGAGCUUGUGGAUAUGGCCCCAUGGCCUUGGGCUUCAAUGGUGGCUACGUUGCUGCUGCGACGUCUACUCUUUACAGAGGCGGCGUUGCCUGUGGAGCUUGUUUCCAGGUGAGGUGCAAGAACAUGAAGAUUUGCCACAGCGAAGGUGUCAAAGUGAUCCUCACGGACCUCAACGAGGGGAAUGGCACAGAGUUGAUUCUCAGUCGACCGGCGUUCAUGGCGAUGGCGCAGCACGGAAUGGCCAAAGAGCUGAAGAAACUUGGCACUGUGGAUGUGGAAUACAUGAGAAUUCCAUGCGAGUUUGGAAACAAGAAUUUGUCCAUCAGAGUGGAGGAAAAGAGCCAGAAGCCUAAUUAUCUGGCCAUCAAGUUCCUGUACCAGGGAGGUCAAACUGACAUAGUAGCAGUGGAUAUAGCAAAGGUUGGGUCGGCACAUUGGCAGUCCAUGAGCCGAGUAAAAGGACCCAUGUGGAGCACCUACCGAGCGCCCACCGGACCGUUGCAGAUUAGAUUGGUGGUGACUGGCGGUUACGAUGGAAAGUGGGUUUGGGUUCGGAAGGAGACAUUGACGGUCGACUGGACGACUGGUUCGAUUUAUGAUCUGGGGGUUCAGAUCAGUGACAUUGCUGAAGAUGGAUGCUCAAGCUCCUAAACCAGACUCGAUUGCCAUUUUAGAUGUAUACAUGUGUAAAAUUGCACAAGAUCGAAGCCAUUGAACAGGACAUGGAUUUGAUGCCUUAAAAAAAGGGCUAAAUGAUCCACGGGUCACUAAAGAGUCGAUAAAAUGUCCCUUUAUUUUUGCGUUAA